UGUGGCCUUCUUGGUUUCUUUCCAGAAAUAGAAGGAGUCAUGGGUUGUGUUGAGAACUUAGCAUCUCAUGGGAAAGCGGUGCCAACAGUGUGUGAAUAUUUCUUGAGGCCGCUAGGACCCAUGGUGGGCGGCAGGUCAGUCAGGUACCUUAGAACUGGAGAACCUGAGGUUCAUCUUUGAGAGCUGCAGGGCAUUUUCCAUAUCUGGGUGCCUGGGGGACACCUCUCUUAGUCCCUCAUGGGGACUUAGACAUUCAUUUCUACAUCUCAAAAUGUACACAGAGUUCUUCCCUAUAGCUAGUUCAGACUCCCAAGUGAGGCAAGUUAAAUCCGCAUGUGAAUUUUCUGGGAAUAUAGAACAGUUAAUCAUCGUGUAAUUCCACUUCUCAAACAGACUUAAAUAUUUUCCUUCAGUGUCUGUUUCUCAGGCUUAAAGUCAUGAUUUCUCCACCUGUUUUCCAUCACUUUCAUCACUAAAUCCUCCAGAUGCCUCUUCAGUUGUUUGUGCAUUCCUGACAGGACUGCGGCCCUCUGAAGAAAAGGAACAGUUUACAUUGGUGAACUGAUGACACAGUUGUUCUUGUUUAGAUAUUCAGGACAUACCUCCUCCUUUUUUUCCUUCUUCCAAACAAUCUUUGGUUUGUUGACAUGUUCCACUCAGAGUUGACUGUGAUCCCUAGAUGGUGGAUUUAAUGUUUACUCUUACCAGUGUAUACAGACCCAGCCCAGGAGCUCAGAUUCCUAAAGUGAAAAUUACCCCCGCUUCCCCUGGCUUUAAUUGUAAUGAGAGCAGCCAGCAUACAGAGUAGCUGUGAUGUGCGCACAGGGUAGCAUGCUUGUUCAGAUCACAGAGGCUGUGGAGUCAGGCCACCUGUGUGUGAGCCAGCUCCACUGCCUACUCAGGCGUGUUACGGAACCUCUCAACUAAGCAUCAGUUUCCUCAACUGUGAAGUGAGGAAACUACUAAUUAGUAUGUACCUUUCAGUGUCACUGAGCAAUAAGUGAAAUAAAUGUAAAGCAUAUCACUCGGUACAUAGUAAGCUUUCCACGUAUUGUAGCACCAAAAUUUUAGGCCAGGGUGCUAGGAUGCCCCGAGAUUCAACUGUGAAGAAAAGUAGUUCUUGUCCCAAUUUAAUAUUUGAUUCAUUCGGUCAGUAAUCAUUUAGUUAUUACGAUCAUUGCAUUUCUGUAGUUAUACAGCUAAAAAAACACAUUUACAUGUAUCAUUUAACACCUAACACAGUCUUUGAGUCAGGUGUUAUCCCCAUUUUACAUAUGAGUAAACUGGGCUCUGGAAGUUAAGUCAGGGUCCCUCAGCCAGUAAGUGGAGGAACCAGGACUUGGAGCUAGAUUUUUAGACUCAAAGAUCUAAGAUAGUACCGUGCCAUCUGGCAGGGGUCAGAAACUCAGGCACAUGCAGCAGUCAGGCAGGUAAUGCGCAGGUGCGGAAUGGUUUCCAAGGCGACAGCAAACAGAGGGCGGGGCCUCGGAACAGAGGGCCGGGCACAGGCCUGGGCAGGGCCCUCCCCAAGAGGCGGCGGCGCGCGGAGGGGGAGGCGGGCUCUGGGAUACUGGGAGGGCCCGCGCGGGGAGGGGCCGAUGCCGGGCCCCGGCGCGGCGCUGCUCCUGAGCCCUGGGGAGUGGGGGGCCGCACACCGGGGCUCCGCCGCCUGGGUCCUCCAGGAGGGCGACCUGGGGUGCAGCUGGCCGAAGAAGCCGCAGCUGCCCGAACCACGCACCAGUUCCCCCGCCCCAUGGCCCUGGGCGCGCCACUCCCUGUCCCGGCCUCCAGAGACACUGCCAUGGCCCGGGACCGCCUCCGCCCGGUGCGACGGGGCUCGCGCAGGCGGCAAACGCCGGGCUGGCAGCCCCGCCUCUGCGCGCCCGCUGGGCUGCGCCUGCGGGUCGCUCGCUCGCUGCACCCCUGCCCAGGGCGCCGCGUAUCCCCGCCCCCUCGGGCCCCCGCACGCGUCGGCCCUGGAGGAAGCCUCGCCGCAGGACGGUUCCCUUGUCCUCUGGCGAGGAUUCUCCAAGGCGUCUCAUCACAUGGGCCGGCUCAGGAGCGCCAAGAUCCACGUGGAGAGAGCUGUCAAGCAGAAGAAGAUCUUUAUGAUCCAAGGCCGCUACCCGGUGAUCCGGUGCCUCUUGCGCCAGAGGGGCUGGGUGGAGAAGAUGGUCCGUCACUCGGGCACCACCCUGCCUCAGCCCCAGAAGGAUCUGGAUAGCUCAGUAGUGGGUAAUAGCGACACCACUGAGGACGAGGAUGAAGAUGAAGAUGAGACAUUCCAGCCACCACAGCUGUUUGAUUUCGAUGAUUUACUGGAAUUUGAUGACCUAGAUGGGACACAUGCUCUAAUGUCUCGCAUGGUUCGGAACGAGAUCCCCUACUUCAUCUGGACGACUCGGCGGGACGUGCUGGACUGCCGCUUUCUCUCCAAGGAUCAAAUGAUAAACCACUAUGCCCGGGCUGGCUCCUUUACCACAAAGGUGGGUCUGUGUCUCAAUCUCCGCAAUUUGCCAUGGUUUGACGAGGCUGAUGCUGAUUCCUUCUUCCCGCGCUGCUACCGCCUGGGAGCUGAGGAUGACAAAAAGGCCUUCAUAGAGGACUUCUGGCUGACAGCUGCCCGCAACGUUCUCAAGCUGGUGGUCAAGUCCGAAUGGAAGUCAUACUCUAUCCAGGCAGAAGAGGAAGAGGCCUCAGGAGACAAGCAGCCCAAGAAACAGGACGGAAAGCCGGGGAUGGUGUCCUCAGAGUUUGUGGAUGAGGCUCUGUGUGCAUGUGAGGAGCACCUUAGCAACCUGGCCCACAUGGACAUCGACAAGGACCUGGAGGCUCCGAUGUAUCUCAGCCCUGAGGGCUGGUCCCUCUUCCUCCAGCGCUACUACCAAGUGGUCCACGAGGGGGCAGAACUCAGGCACAUGGACACUCAGGUCCGGCGCUGUGAGGACAUCCUGCAGCAGCUGCGGACUGUGGUGCCCCAGAUGGACAUGGAGGGAGAUCGCAACAUCUGGAUCGUGAAGCCAGGAGCCAAGUCCCGUGGACGAGGCAUCAUGUGCAUGGACCAUCUGGAGGAGAUGCUGAAGCUGGUGGAUGGCAACCCCAUGAUGAUGAAGGAUGGCAAGUGGGUGGUGCAGAAGUAUAUUGAGCGGCCCCUGCUCAUCUUUGGCACCAAGUUUGACCUGAGACAGUGGUUCCUGGUGACUGACUGGAACCCACUUACCGUGUGGUUCUACCGUGACAGCUACAUCCGCUUUUCCACACAACCCUUCUCCCUGAAGAACCUGGACAAUUCAGUGCACCUGUGCAACAACUCCAUCCAGAAGCACCUGGAGAAUUCAUGCCAUCGGCACCCGCUCCUGCCCUCGGACAACAUGUGGUCAAGCCAGAAGUUCCAGGCCCACCUUCGGGACAUGGGGGCCCCGAAUGCUUGGGCCACUGUCAUUGUGCCGGGCAUGAAGGCCGCAGUGAUCCAUGCCCUGCAGACCUCCCAGGACACUGUGCAGGGUCGGAAGGCCAGCUUCGAGCUCUAUGGCGCUGACUUUGUGUUUGGUGAGGACUUCCAGCCCUGGCUGAUUGAGAUCAACGCCAGUCCAACCAUGGCACCCUCUACGGCUGUCACCGCCCGGCUCUGUGCCGGUGUGCAAGCCGAUACCCUGCGCGUGGUCAUUGACCGGCGGCUGGACCGCAACUGUGACACAGGAGCCUUUGAGCUCAUCUACAAGCAGCCUCCCGUGGAGGUACCCCAGUAUGUGGGUAUCCGGCUCCUAGUAGAGGGCUCUGCCAUCAAGAAGCCCCUGGCAAUGUGUCACCGGCGGACAGGGGUCCGCCCAGCUCUCCCUCACCUGCUGACGCAGCAAGGCUCUGGGGAAGGCAAGGACUCGGGGACUCUUACCCACAGGUCAGCUCCUAGGAAGGCUGCUGGGGCCAGGAGCCUGGGGCACACUGAGAAGCCAGACUCUACUGCCACCACCUCGGCCCCUGGAAAGGGGAAGAAAGGCAAGGCGAAAAGUGCCACAGCCCUGGUCCGCCCCAGUCUCCCGAAGUGGGACCCCUCCAGCACCGGGAUGGGCUGCAUCUUCACCAUGACCUUUGCUAGUGGGGACAGGCAGCCCCACCCCUUGAACAGAUUGCCACUGAGUCUGAAGAACCCCCAGGCCCUUGCCCCUUACCACUUCCCCAGCUUCCACACCAAGGCCCGGCUGCCUUCCUCCUGUGUGCUCCGACCCCAGGGGCGAGUCCUCAGACUGCAGCACAGCAAGCUGGUGGACCCUAAGGCCCUGUCGACCACAGGCAAGGCCUUGAUGACUCUACCUACCGCCAAGGUUUUCAUUUGCUUCCCACCUAACCCCGAGCUCAAGCUGGCAUCCAACGUCCUGAAACCAAGAAAGGUGGGCCUCAAACUGUGACUCGCAGCCUGGCAGGCAGUGCUGAGUACUGGGGUCAGGGCUGGAGGGUAGGGCAGAGGGCAGCUCCCAGGCUGCUGGAGCCCCAAGGGCAGGGCUUGUCUCCCUUGGAACCCCUUCCUGGACAGAUUCCUGAUCAUCUCUUCUCCUUCUCCCCUCCUUUCACACCGAGGCUGUUGCUCCCCCGUGGCAUCCUGGAAAUGCCUUGUGUUCUCUACCCUUUGAAGUUGGAAAUCUUCCUAGCACCCAGAGGAAGAUCAAGGCCAAAGGCAAGUUCAAGGCCAGACUUGACAAACCCAAGGCUGAGGCAUGCCU